AUGCGGCCCGAUUGGGACAUGCUCCAGUCGCUGCAUCCAGCAGCGGAGUUCCAUGCAGCAGCGCGAGCCGUGGGGGGGUGCGCUGUGUAUGUCAGUGACAAGCCAGGGCAGCACGAUUUCAAUGUGCUGCGCAAGCUGGUGCUGCCAGACGGCUCUGUGCUGCGCGCCAAGCUGCCCGGCCGACCCACCAGGGACUGCCUCUUUGCCGAUCCCGCCCGGGACCACACCAGCAUGCUCAAGAUCUGGACGAUGAACGCGUGUGGGGGCAUGGUGGGCGCGUUCAACUGCCAGGGCGCGGGGUGGUGCAGGGAUGGGCGCAAAUACACCAUGCACAACCCCGACCCUGAUGCCGUUACUGGGACUGUUGCUGCUGCUGACGUGGACCUGCUUGCUGACGUGGCGGCCGGCGACUGGACGGGAGACGUGGCGGUGUUUUCGCAUAACGCAGGCGAGUUGGUGCGGUUACCAGCGGACACAUCUCUGGUGGUGCAUCUGCACCGCCUCGAGUUUGAGCUCUACACUGUCUCCCCCAUCACUGUGGUGGGGAGUGUGGCAGUGGCGCCUAUAGGCCUCACCAACAUGUACAACUCAGGGGGUGCUGUGCUGUCCCUGCGCACCAGCACCACCACCAGUGCGUAUGAGCUUGUGCAACCCCUUCGUCAGCAGCGUUCUUUUUUGUGGGAUGACUCUGUGUUCAAGAUGUAUGAUACCUGGCACAUGUUGCAUUGA